AGCGACACUCUGAUGUGCACCACAGUGGCCCUAGAAUGUACGACCUGUGCAUCGGCAUUUAUCACGGGAAUGAUUCCACUCUAAUAAUUGUUCCGGCAUGGGUAUCUAAGGAGCUCGAAAGAAGAUCUGGUGUUCUGCUGAAGCCCUUCAAAGUUGCGCGACGAACCAACACAAUCUGACACUCGACUUCUGCUGUGUCUGGUCGGCUACGAAGUGCUAAUAUAUUCGUGGGGACGCAUUGGCUCCCACUUGCUCCAAUUCUCUGAAAUACAGGCUCCGCGAGUCCGCAAGUUGCAGGGGUCAGCCCAAUGCAUUCCAAAUUCCUGGCAUGAACAUAUUAGCCCCUCUGGCCUCUGGAUUUUCCCUCGUCCCUACUCGCACACUGCAGAAGAUGCAGUCCACGACCGCCGCGGAUUUCCUCAGAUUGGUACAAAUUGCUCGUUUAACUCGAAUGUGUCAACUCCCCUCGGUCGUUAUGGUAUAUGACUAUUUGAUUAGCGUUGAUCAAGAGGUUGAACAGAUAUGGAAACGACCCAGGACGACGACCACAAUUCUCUAUCUCAUCCUGCGAUACUUUGGUACUCUGUGUGGUUGGCCCGCCUGUUUUCUAGUAUGGCUGGUACAAAUAAUUCUGCAAAUGCGUCUCUCCGCAUUAUACAAUCGCUCGCGGAAGGUGUUGUUACUCAUGGGGUCUGCGUUCCUAGUUGAAAUCCUGGCCAUGAUCGCAAUUCUCAUCACUGCGAAUCUCACAUCUGGAACCAGCAACGAACCCAUACCCGGCGUGAAGAUCUGUACCAACGAAGACACGUCGAACAGUUUUUAUGUCUUUUGGUUACCUAUACUAUGCUUCGAGUUCCUAUUGUGUUCACUCGCUGUUCGGGCAGGCAUUCAGAGAUCGAGGGAUGAGAUUAGUUUUAUGGCCCUCUCCAACAGAGUGUUUCUUUUUGAUGUUCUGAUCAAGGGCAACGUGGGGUAUUUCCUAGUCAUUUUCUUGGUGGGUGUUAUGAAUGCGGUUAUGUGGGGCGUAUUAUCUCCAGAGUGGGUUGAGAUACCUGAAGGUUUCCCACACGCCGUAGCUGUUAUCGCUGGCUGUCGGUUGAUUUUACACAUACGGCACGCAGCAACUCCCACUUCGGAGGACACACUCCAGGGGUCGCUCGCCUUUGAGUACCCCUUGCAGCAAAGAUCUGCUAUCAGCGCGCGUAUUGCGUAGUACAGGACCCCUGACGGAAGAGAACCCACUAUCGGGAUACUUCUGUCGAUACCCUAGCAAAGUACAUAGUAUAUAUCGACCAAUUUACGAACGAUACCCCGGGACAAAAAAGCAUCACUUGGAUGUUUAGGCACAACUACCCAAGGA